ACUUUACUCAAACCAAAACACACCAUCACAAAACGAGUAAGGAGACACACAAUAGCAAAUGGCGAACAAGCUCUUCCUCGUCUCCGCAACUCUCGCCCUCUGCUUCCUUCUCACCAACGCUUCCAUCUACCGCACCGUCGUCGAGUUCGAUGGAGAUGAGGCCACCAACCCUAUGGGUCCAAGACAGAGAUGCCAGAAGGAGUUUCAGGCUUCCCAGCAUCUAAGAGCUUGCCAGCAAUUGAUGCGCCAGCAAAUGAGGCAAGGCCGUGGUGGUGUUCCCGCCCUUGAUGACGAUGAGUUCGACAUGGAGAACCCGCAGAGACCCUAUCUACUCCAGCAGUGUUGCAACGAGCUUCAGCAGGAAGAACCAGUUUGCGUUUGCCCCACCUUGAAACAAGCGGCCAAGUCGGUUAGACUCCAGGGACAGCACGGACCGUUCCAAGCUAGGAAAAUUUACCAGACAGCUAAGCACUUGCCUAACAUUUGCAACAUCCCCCAAGUUGGCGUUUGCCCCUUCCAGACCAUCCCUUUCUUCCCUCCUUACUACUAGAUUCGAAACAAAACCUUCGAGCGUAUGAGUCUGGUUGUUGAUACAUGUUAACACCACACCUCAUCGCGUGUUUUAUGAAUAUGUAAGUUUAGGAUGUUUGAGGCUAAUGUAUUUAGCACAUACUCCUUAAUAAAUAAGAGUUUUUUUUUAAUAUA